AUGCUUAUUACCGACACCUACCACGAUGUGAAGACCUCUGUCGGGACGACUAUGCGUCUCUUGGUGUUCCAUCCCCGUAUUCCCAACUACCCUAAAGCCAAGUUUCCGGCCGUAGUGGUGUGGUCCGAAAUCUACCAGGUGACUGGUCCUGUGGCGCGGUUUGCGAGAAAGAUAGCCUCGCGUGGGUACAUUGUCGUGUGUCCCUCCAGCUACCACAAUUUCAUGGACCACCAGGCGUUACCGUACGACGGCCCGGGGACCGAUAUUGGCAACAAGUAUAAAAUCGAAAAGCCGUUGGAAUCGUACGAUGAAGACGCCAGAUUAGCGAUAGACUACUUGAAAACCUUGGAUACCUGUACCGGCAAGAUCGGGACUACCGGGAUGUGUUUGGGUGGCCAUUUGGCUUACCGUACCGCGUUCCUCCCAGAGGUUACCGCGACCGUAUGCUUCUUUGCCACCGAUAUCCACUCCAAGACGCUCGGCUUGAACAUGAACGACGACUCUUUGGCCCGCUGUGGAGAUAUCAAGGGCGAGGUGAUCAUGAUUUUUGGGACUAAGGAUAACCACGUGCCACCAGAGGGUCGCACCUUGAUCCGAAGCCAGAUGAUGGAGAAGGACGUUGCCUUGACCUGGUUAGAGGUGAACGAUGCCCAACACGCGUUUAUCAGAGACGAAUCCUCUAAGGGUAGAUUUGACAGUGCCAUCACCGACGCGUGUAUGUCAUGGUUAUUUGAGCUCUUCGAGAGAAAGUUGAAGUUGGACCUCGGCGAUAAUGAUGGGAAGGUCCUGGUGGUUGAAGAUGUUUGUUAA